GGGUGACAGAGGGCUUUGGGAGGGAUAAGGAUGCAGAGUCCUCGACGGGGCCUCCCCUGGCCUGCUUCAGUGUGGGCCACGGGAAGCAGGCCGUCCACGGGGCAGAACGGUACGGCUCUGGGCCUCCAAGGCGGUGCCGACACCGGCCGCAUCAGCAUCCCUUGGAACUCGUGGCUUCCAAGGUUCCGAGGGCCUUGGGCCCUCCCCAUGCCCGUGGAGUCCAAGUCGGGGGUGGGCUUGGCCCCGCCGCCCAGGGCAGUGCGGCUGCACGCGACGGUGCUGCAACGCUAGUGUCGGCCAGGCUGGGGAGGCGCGCUCGUGAGCGGGUUGCGCAUGCGUGCCGGCGGCUGGGGCGCAGGCCCCGCCCACAGCACGAGGAGGCCUGUCCGGCCGGCCGGUGGCGACGGCCCGCGUGUCCUCUGCAGAGGAGGCGGUGAACGAGGUGAAGCGGCAGGCCAUGUCUGAGCUGCAGAAGGCCGUGUCGGACGCCGAGCGAAAGGCCCACGAGCUCAUCAGCACGGAGCGCGCCAAGAUGGAGCGGGCUUUGGCCGAAGCCCGGCGGCAGGCCUCGGAGGACGCCCUGACCGUGGUCAACCAGCAGGAGGACUCCAGCGAGGUGAGGCCUCCCGCCCAGCCCCCACCCCAGCCCGGCCUCCAGGUCCAGGCCCCGAACCCUCACUCUGCCGCCUCCCAGCCUCACGACCUUGGGCAGCCGGUGACGUGGGUCCUCCUGUGGGUGUCCCCGUCGUGCUGACGUGGACGCUGAGGGUUCCAGGGGCAGGAGGCCUGGGGGUGUCAGGAGCCAUUACUCAAACCCAGGCUGGCAGACGCGGAAGCCCAUGCUCUGGCUAACGUGUGGGGGCGGGGGGCGUGUGGAGACCGCGGGGGGCACCUGGAGUGCCCUCUCGGCUACAGCCCACACGCAUGCGUGGCAGGGGCCUGAGCGCCAUCGUCGUGCUGGCGCCUGGGCAUCAGAGGCUGGGCGAGGUCCAGCAGGGCAGGGGCAGCGGGUCCCUCUUCUCCUCCUUGUCCAAAAAGGACUCUCAUGUGAGAGAAGUCGGGGAAAAGGAAAGGCUUCUCCACCGGGGUCCUUGAACUGUCCUUUGGAAGGAGACAUGUCUCCAAAACCACUGGUACGGUGUGCGUGGACCAGCCCAGAGGGGCAGCUCCUGCGUCUGCACCACCUGCCUCAGCAGACACUGAGCUGCGGAGAAGCAGGCGGGUCAGAACAGGCAGACCUCACGGAGGCAGGUGCCAGGGGAGGCGCCAGGGCAGUGACGUGGGAGUGGAGUCCUGCAGGAGGUGAGCGAGCCAGGCAGGAAUCUGGGGGAGCAGUGCCACCGUGAGGAGGGAGCUGCAAGGACCGAGGCCGGGGCGCACCUGGCGGAGUGAGGACCGUAAGGAGGUUGGUGUGGCCCAGCAGAGUGAGGCAGGAGGCCCAAGAGGCUCUGGGGGCCGGCUAGACACGGGGCCUCCCUCCUGGGGCAGGCGUGGGCUCCCCCAUCCUCAGCCUGGCUGCCAACUCUGGUCUCUCCCGGUAUCCCUGCUCACGUGUGCAGCUGGGUUACCGCUCGUUCCACAGAAAGGGAGCAGAGGCCCAAUGGCAGGGGGCAGGCGGUGCCUGAGGCAGGCCUGGCUGUGCACCCCACACUGGAGCCUGGCAGUCUUUAUGCAGCUAGGCAGCCACGUUCUGGGGUUGGAGUCCAGGUAAGCUAGGAGGGCUUCCUGGAAGAGAGGAGAGGCCAUGGCUGCCGUCCCUCCCGAGGACCCCACGGUCCUGUAAAUGCUGCACGAACCAGACUGGCGCGGCCUGGAGUUGUGUGCCUCAGUGAUAUGAGCCCAACCCCCCGAAUGACCCAGCCAGGUGGCCGUGGCCACUGAGGGCCGCCCGCGAGCUGUGGCGAGAGUCAGGGCCGUUCUCGUCUCGCUGCAUGAUGCCGUGGCCGGGCCCGAGUGGGUGUGUUUGCAGCGAGUGCUGCCCCAGUCUGCGGCCAGGCUGGGCACUUGGGGGACGGGGCCCAGCGUCCACC